CCCAGUAACUUCGUCAUCGUCAUCGUCUGGUUUCAUUCCAGUCUCCUCUGGAUCUAAACGAGAGCUUCGGAGUCGAGGGUCUGAUUUCAUUCUAUCUCCAGUUUGCGCCAUUGCUAUCAGGAUCGUAAAUGACGGCGAGAGCUAUAAUGAACCUCCGGAGCAUUCUAAUUGCCUCCGCCGUCUUCCGGCUGGUUCUGAUUCUGUACGGGGAGUGGCAGGACGCCCACAUGGAAGUUCGAUACACCGACGUCGAUUACCUCGUCUUCUCCGAUGCAGCUUCGUUAAUGGCUUCUGGGUCUUCUCCUUACAAGAGAACAACUUACCGCUACUCCCCUUUGCUCGCUUUUCUUCUGAUUCCCAACUCUUUUCUGCACCGCGCAUGGGGGAAAUUCAUCUUCUCUGCUUCAGGUGUGAAAAAAGUUUCCGAAUUUGAUCCAGUUUUGAAUCGCAGCUAACAUUUCAUGUUUAGGGUUUAGGGAGAUAGUUAUCAAGUUGGAAUCUUUAAAAAGUUCUCGAUUUCCCCUCUUGAAGAGUAGCUGACUGGCGUUCAAUUGACCUUGUUCUCUUUGCUGUUUAUUGGUACGAUUAUUGAAUGGGUAUCUUGAAAUGUUGCCUGCAGAUCUUCUAGUUGGCUACUUCAUAUACAAGAUUUUGAAGCAACGUAAAGUGGCUGAGGAUCUAUGCUUAUACUCAGUAAUGGUAUGGCUCCUCAAUCCAUUUACCUUCACCAUUGGAACCCGUGGCAACUGUGAGCCCAUUGUUUGUGCCAUGAUUUUGUGGAUCCUUAUCUGUCUGAUGAAUGGUAUAUUUUCCUACUUCUGUAUUCCUGUCUUCACAUUAGAAUUGAAUAAUCAUUUUGCCAAUCAGAGUUGUGUUCUUGACAAUGUGUCUCUACACUCUGUUGAGGCUGUUUUAAUCUCAUCAAUAUUUUUGCUCAGCUGUAGUUGUAAACAGAGAAAUUUUAUGUUUCAUCACCUGUUUGUUGUAGUAAAUUAUCCGAGUUACGGAAGUUUCUUCUAGUUAUCGUCAUGUUCUUGCUUGAUAUAAAGCAAAACUGACUUAAGUUUGUUUCUCUAGUUACAAAGCUACUAACUAGAUUCUUAUGGUGUCUUAGAUAUCUUGUAGCAUAUGUGAUUCGGCAUUUAGGUUUAACCUACAUUUCAGUUAUAGUGCUUGGUAGCGCAGGACAAGGCAGUGAAAUUCUUGUUGGUGUUCGUUUUGCUGCAUCUAAAUUCGAUUAUGUUCUUCCACUGUACAGGUAAAAUAAUCCAAGCAGCAGUUUGGUAUGGACUUGUAGUUCAUUUCAGAAUCUAUCCCAUAAUCUAUGCCCUGCCAAUCAUUGUGGUUCUUGAUCCACGUUACGUCCAACUUGGAAAGAAGCCUCUCCUUGUGAACUGGAAAUCGAACACCCAAAAGCCAUCAUCUCAAAGCAGCGAGGAAGCAUCUACCCGAUACAACCUAUGGACAGCAGCAAAAUCCAUGUUUUCCAGAGAGCGAAUACUGUUCGGCCUAGUCUCCGGAGGCAUCUUCUUCCUAUGCACCGGCCUUUUCUUCCAUCUAUACAAAUGGGAGUUCUUGAACGAAGCACUGUUGUACCAUCUCACUCGUGCAGACCCAAGGCACAACUUCUCCAUCUACUUCUACCACAUAUAUCUCCACUAUGGCCACCAGCUUUCCCUGGUGGAAAAGCUCAUCUCUUUCUUGCCUCAGUCGAUGGUGCAACUAGUUCUCAUAUCAAGCUUUGCCCAAGACCUCCCGUUCUGCUUCUUCCUGCAGACGGUGGCCUUUGUCGCGUUCAACAAGGUAAUCACGGCACAGUAUUUCGUCUGGUUCUUUUGCCUGCUGCCUUUAAUCUUGCCGUGGAGCGACAUGAAGCUGAGAUGGGAAGGGUUGAGCUGUGUCGGGUUGUGGAUGGGAGCUCAAUUGCACUGGCUGUUGUGGGGUUACUUGCUCGAGUUCAGAGGCCAGAACGUAUUUCUUCAGCUCUGGAUGGCGAGCUUGGUUUUCCUUUUGGCGAAUGCUGCCGUUAUGGCUGUGUUCAUUCGACGACAGGGGUGUUCUCCGAUCUUCUUGCAGAUGAAGGUGAGAGAUGCCAAGGGUGGAGUCAAGUCUGAAUGAACAGAAAGAGAUGAUGCUUUAUAAUGGUCAUGUUUUGCCUUGCAAUAUUUCCACCCUCAAAGUUGUGAACUUUUGGACUGUUUGUCCAACGUGUAAACCAGCAAUUUCACUCUUCCAGAUGUCUUCUUCCUGUUCAAUCCACAUCAUCAGUCACUUCCAUAAUUGUCCAAUUAAGAGACUACGAGGCUGCUGAUGUGGCUAUAUGCUGGUAAAAUAUCACCAUCAGCUGCCCACGUCAGCUCCACCGCCUCCAUAAACGACAGAAGAGAAACAAAGGGAUGAUGAAAUGGAUAUGCUUCUGUUGCCGGCCCAAUCAUAUGCAGUAAAUUCCAAAUGCUUAGAUCAUCUGCAAUCCACUUUUGAAUUCUUGUAUCAGAGAAUGCAGUCACAGAUUGCUGACGCAGAUGAUGAUCUUAUGGCAAUCAAACUGAAAUAACACUAAAAUAUAUAUGAGCACAAUUUCCACGCGAAGCUUAUUAAUGGCGGCUGGCAAGACCAAAUCUAACGAACAAUCUGCCAGGAUCUGCUAGUUAAAUGUCUUUUUCUGUAUGGGUUUUUUGGGCAGAGUCAUAUCCGCCGACGGGCAGUAGCAUUCAUAGCAGCUGAGAUUGUGAUAAGCAAAAGGAACCAUAGUCGAAGGCAAAGCCAGAGAAACCAAAAACAGAAUCUUCAGCGUAUCUAAUGUCUUAUCUAGCAAUUAUCUGCUAACUGUGAUAAUUUGUCCCGUCUGGUAGAUAGCUUGACUGCAGAAUCGUACGUAUUAAGUUGUUUGUCGCGCGAUCAAGCAAAGAUUAGCCAAGCGUAUCACCAACCAACCAUCGAUAAGAUUUGCAUGUGGGCCUAACUAAUUAGCACUGGGUCGAAAGAGGCUAAGAGAGUCAGAAGCAAGCACGUCUCGUUUGCUAUUACUAGCUCCUGAGCUAGAGGAGGGUUGGGCUUUGGCCUGGGGAGGCCCUCUCCUAAAUCCACAACUGGGUAGUUGAAGGUUAGUAAGCAGACAUUGAACCAGGUUCGACCAUAGCUGACCAUCUUAUAGGAGUUUGCGCAAGGUCGAUUCAUCAGCUUUAAAACCAAAUUCUUCCAGAUAAAAUCACAAUUUGGUCGGCUUCAGCGCUUUGACAGACCAACCGAGUCAGCCAAACUCUUUCUACCUCUGCUCUCCCCGCAAACACUUCCUCUCUCUAACAACUUUCGACCGCACAAUUUCAAGUUGUCUCGACCUCGACCGCUCGAACGUAACGUCGACUCACUUGCUUGACAGAGUACAAGGUCGGGGAUAUCAUUAUGACAGCCCUCAUAUACAGUCAAGCGCCAACGAACAUCGCCCUCGUUGUUUAAGAAAAUACAACAUACAAAACUUUAUAAUAAUAAAAAACUUCUAAGAGAGAAAUUGGAGGAGGAUUGAGUUUCCCAUUGGCAUAUCAUGAUGAUAAUGAAUGAUCAAGGGAACUUUGGAUGGGUGGGUAGCAGCCAAGGGGAAAAAAGGAAGUGAAGUGUGAAAUUGAUGUUUGUCGUCUGUUGGCAUGAUAUGUGUGGACAGAAUGAAUGAGUAUGCACAGCACUAUCUUACAGCAUCCAACAAUGGGAGAACAAUGCAAUGAACAGAGUAAGUGAAUAACAACACAUCAUUCUGUUUAACCUAACGAGAGAGGGGGAAAAAAGUCAAGAUUGUCAUGCCUCUAAGGAGAAGCUUACCACUUUGACAAAUCUCUUGCAAUUAUAGCACAGAGGAUUUUGCUGCAAAAACCCUAAUGGGCAGAGUCUUGUCGAUCGGCUUUCUUUCGGGCACCUUCAUUUUGGUAGUGUAAUGGUGACUAAUGCAAGAAGUACGUUUCUGGUUUGGCAUCUGGUCGACAUAUGUGUUUGGUUUGGAAACAAGCACCAUUGUGUGGGUGAAAACUCAUGAUGGGUAAUUUUUUGUGGUGGCAAGCCAACUAUUUACCAAAUGGUUAAAAACCUUGAAUUAAACGGUAUGAUUCGACCUGAUGUCGCGAAUGUAAGGGUGGACGUCGAUCAAUUCGGACUAGAACGGAUCCAAUUAAGAUUAGACCGAAAUAAGAUUGAAGGAAAAAUUAACAACCAGAACCGGAGCAUGUUUGGUUUAUUUAAUUUGAUUCGACUAGGACUUGUCCAAAUUCAACUUCGGUCCACUUUUUCUUCAUACUUAAUGUAAUUCGUGGGGUCGAAACUGAAUCGAAAUAUAUUUGAUCCAAUAUGCUUCGGUCCGAAUAUUAAUUGGUGCAAUUUAUUCUGGUAUAGACCGGAUUGUUACCCGCUAUAGUUGUAUGCAACAUGCACAACAUUUAGGUUUUCGGUUUAAUGGCAGGUAGCAGUCAUUAAUGUAACCAACACAACAAAAGUUGUUCUUUCUUAUGUAGAUACGAUAUAUGUAUACAGAUUUAUCAGCAAUCACGAAAUUAUGCUCGGUUAGAAGAUUUGUCCUCUUGUUCUCUAAUUCCUUUUUAUACAACCUAAAAGGCUAAAACUAAUAAAGUCAAACUUACCAUAUAUCCAUAUAUAUAUAAAAAAAAAAAUUAACAAGAACAUUCUUGUCACUCAAACCAACAAUAUUGUAUGUUAAUAAAGGGUCAAAGUCAAUUUAUAUGGAGUCUAGACCAAGUUACUAUAAUUGAACCAAGAUAAACAUAUUUAAUUGUCUCGGAUUAUUAAUAAAAUUAUGCAUUAUUGAGACGUUUCAUUGAAUUUAAACAAAAUUUCUGUCCUAAUCACAAUUAGUUCGAUCUCUAUUGAAAGCCUCCAUAUCCAAACCAAAUCUAUAUCCAAUUAAGCUACAUAUUGAUGAGAAGCCGACAAUAAAGAUACAAAAUUAAUUGAUUAUAAAACACUGUAAAUUAUUACUUGUAUUUGACAAUUAUAAUAUAGGUCAUUGUCAUCAUUACUCCAUUCUAGCCGUAGCCGUAGAAGCAGAGGUGUGGUGGCGGCGGCGGCGGGGGCGGUGACCGGUGAUGAUUCUGGUGGUGGAGCCACAAGUAGAGCAGGUGCGACAUCCCAUAAUUCUACUCUUUACCUUUCCUAUUGCAAUUUGAGAUUAUGAGAUUCUAGUUUUGAAUUCGGUUAGGGUUUUUGGCUCGGUAAAGUUCCAAAUAAGAGUGCUUUUUUUUUUUACACCAACGAGGCAAAAAUUGAUAUAAAGAUGCGUGCAUGGUAAAAAUCAGUUCGUUCAAUGACGCAAUUUGUUGGAAAGUUUAAAUACAAGUCUCAUAUCUCUUUUUUACAUUUCUUCAUC